AUGGAUCUCAAGUGCCUUUUGAUGUGGCUCUUGCUUGGAUCUAUCAAGGGGAACAAGCCAGAGGAAUGCCCAGCUCUCCCCAAGACUGACUUUGCUGAUGUUUCUGCUGAAUCGUAUCCCCUGGGGACCAAACUGUCCUAUGAAUGCGAUGAGGGCUACACAAGAAGACGUGGUCAGUACUUGGGAAUCUGGUGUCGACGGAAGGAGGGGGUUGCUUCUUGGGUCUACAAGGACUUCCAAUGCAUUGAUGAGAAACUUUUGUUGGCAGCUGAUUCCACGAUGGACUUAGAUUUUACACAGAAGCCAGAAAAUAAAACACAGAGCCCUGCAUCCCAAAAGCAAGGAAACAUUUCAGAGUUUGACCAGAAAGAUUUUUGUGGUCCUCCCAAGCCUGUUCCCCAUGCAUCUUUAAGCCUGAACAAACAGUAUUACGUGGGACAAGUAUUACAUUUCAAAUGCCAGAAAGGUUAUGACAAGCAACCCCCUACCUCUGGCACCCGGACCUGCAAGAAGGUGAAUGGCAAAAUCAUUUGGACCUCUUUUGACAUGAGAUGCACCAAUGACAGCAGCCACAGAGAUUCAACUCAUCCAUUCUUCACUUCUGUGGCUCUGCCAGUGACAGCUGUCUUUUUUGUUCUGCUUAUCAUUCCUGCUCUCUUUGGAUGA